GUCCGAAAACGUAACGCUCCGUUCGAGCGGCGUCUGUGGACGAAAUAGCAACAGACAGCCGCUGUCUUGCUUCACGAUGCUUCCUCGUUGAGGAGGCCGAGAGCCGUGCCAGUUAGGCCUAGCGAUAGCCAAGGGAGCUAGAACUCCGACCCCUGUAAACCAGUGUCGCGCCCAGCGAACGGGCAUCCGGCUCGGGAACAUACGUAAGGCACCAGCGGUGUUUCGUGAAUUGAUCGUCCGUGACGUGGGCAAGGAAAUAACUGGCGAAAGAACCGUUUCUUGCGUGAUACACGAAUUCGAGCUUGGGGGCCCGAUUGCGCAAGACCAUCGUCAUCUGUGAUGCAGCCUAGGGAAUCGAGACACAACGUGCGGUGACGGUAGUGGGAAACCUGAAUGCUCGCCACCGUUCUGCCCUCUCUCCUUGUACAGAUGAAGUGGUGGUGAACUGACGAGCGCGUAAUAUGGCGUGCUUUCGGGGGCAAGGUGUUGUGCUAGCGAUCGCACUGUUUGUGCUUUUGUGGGUCGCAGCUCUCGUCCAUGGCCUCCCGGACGUCGUACGUAUAGGCGGCAUAUUCGAGAGCGACAACCAUCAGGCGAAGCUGAGCUUCCUCCACGCCUUAGACAAGAUCAACAAGGACAUCACCAUUUUGCCAAAGACCGAGCUUAUGCCAGUCAUACACGAGGUGAAGCCCAAGGACAGCUUCUCCGCUUCCAAAGCUAUUUGCACUUCUUUCAAGCAGAGAGUUUCCUCAAUCAUGGGCCCCACUUCACCAGUUGUGACGUCGCUCGCCAUGUCGGCGUGCACAAACUUGAAUGUGCCGCACCUUCAGACCACUUGGCACCCGACGUCCAAUCGCAAUCCCUACACCCUGAACUUGUUCCCAGACCCCGACCUUUUUGGCAAAGCGUUCCUGGACCUCAUACUCAACAAGAAGUGGAAGACGUUCACAAUACUUUACGAGGACCAGCAGAGCUUGAUAUUGCUAAAAGACGUGCUGAACAGCUCAUUCGCCCAAGAUCAUAUGGUUUCCCUGGUCCAACUGAAUCCGAAAUUGUCCUUCAAGAAGAUUAUGAAGGACAUCGGCGUCACUAAACAGUACAACAUCAUCCUAGACAUCAAGACAUCGUCUCUACCAGUGCUUCUACGAGAGGCUCAAGACGUCAAUAUGAUGACGUACUACCAUAACUACAUCAUCACUUCGUUGGACCUGCACACGCUGGACCUCAGCGAAUUCUCUGGCAUUCAAGCCAACAUCACCGCAUUCCGACUGGUUGAUCCGCAGCGACCAGAAGUCAUGAACGUUAUCCGAGACCUGAAGAUCGGCAGGGCCCUUUGGCGAUAUGGAGCCAGUAACCAUUCCGAGAUUAUUUCUGUCGAUACAGACACAGCACUCAUGUACGACGCAGUGACGCUACUCGCGACUGGACUUCACAACGCCGAUCGGGUCCUGCACAACCUGGACCUGCAGUCGCUUAACUGCGAGCAACCCAAACCUUGGAAACACGGAUCGUCCUUACUGGAGUCCAUGAAAAUGACGACAAUCAAGGGAUUGACAGGCGACGUACGCAUAGAACCGCGGGGAAUUCGUGAAGACUUCUACAUGGACGUGAUUGAGCUGAAGUCAAAAGGGAUGAUAAAGGUAGCCACAUGGCAUCCUGCAAAAGGCCUUGCAUACUUCGGCAAUUACACGCUACUGGCCGAAAAAGAAUUCACGGACAAGCUCGAAGGCUUGACCCUGCGAGUCACCACGGUUGAGAGCCGGCCGUACACAAUGCUGCACCCUGAAGGAAGCAAUAUGACGGGGAACGACCGCUUCUACGGCUACUGCAUCGACCUGAUCAAGAUGCUAGCAAGGGAGAUAGGAUUCAAGUACGAGUUCUACCUCACGGCGGAUGGCGCCUAUGGAAAGCCCCAGGCCAACAAUGAGUGGAACGGAAUGAUCAGGGAACUACUAGACAGGAAAGCGGACGCGGCCAUCGUGGACCUGACCAUUACGUACGAGCGCGAGUCCGUGGUCGACUUCACCAUCCCCUUCAUGAGCACAGGCAUCAGCAUCCUCUUCAGGAAGGCGGAGAAGAGCGAGCCAUCGCUGUUCUCCUUCCUGCACCCAUUCUCCAUCGACGUGUGGCUGUACAUGCUGACCGCCUACCUGGGCGUCUCGCUACUCAUAUUCAUCAUGGGCCGCUUCACGCCCUACGAGUGGGUGUCACCCCACCCGUGUGUGCCCGAGGAAGGCGACCUGCAGAACCAGUUCAACCUGCCCAACAGCUUCUGGUUCACGACUGGAGCCAUCAUGCAGCAAGGAUCGGAGAUCACGCCCAUUGCCACGUCAACGCGCAUCGCCUCGAGCAUGUGGUGGUUUUUCUCCCUCAUCAUGAUCUCGUCGUACACGGCCAACCUGGCUGCCUUCCUGACGGCGCAGCGCAUGACUGCUCCAAUUGAAAACGCCAAUGACCUUGCCAAACAGACGAAGAUCUCUUACGGAUGCCUCGAUGGUGGAUCGACAUAUCGCUUCUUCGAGAACUCGGACAAUGCUCUGAUCAAGCGGAUGUGGACGACAAUGAAAGCGACCAGGCCGUCGGCAUUCACCAAGAGCAACAAGAAGGGUGUGGAGAGGGUGAAACGGGGUGACUACGCCUACCUCAUGGAGGCCUCUUCCAUCGAGUACGAGGUGGAACGGGACUGCAACCUCACGGCUAUCGGAGGCCUGCUCGACAACAAGGGAUACGGCAUUGCCACACCACCCGGCUCCCCCGUGCGCUCGGUGCUCUCCUCGUACAUCAUCCGGCUGCAGGAGAGCGGAGAGCUGGAGAUGCUCAAGCGUCGCUGGUGGCGCGUCGAGGGAAAGUACUCCUGCCCCAUCGACGCGGCCGCUUCGGCCACCAACGAGAUGGGCCUCUCGAACGUGGGCGGCGUCUUCCUGGCGCUGAUUUUCGGCUGCGCGGGCGCCAUUUGCAUCGUGACCCUCGAGUUCUUCUGGAAGAUCAAGAAAGUGCCCUACGGAGAGAGGGAAGCUGUUUGGAUAGAGCUUUGGAAGGAACUAAAGGUGGUCCUAUCCUGCAAGGGUUCCAAGGAGAAUCCCCAGAAGACACCAGAAGAUUCCUUGUCAAACAGCAUAGGACUGAGCUCGUUACACCACAUCAACUACAGCACCACCAGCAUAAAUCCAGCCGCGAACGCUCUUCUGACCAAAGCGGCUCUGCGCGGCGACAAUAAGAGCGCAGAAAAAUUUUAAACAUUUUCCUGAAACUUAUAAAGCUAGUGCCUUACACCCGACAUUCCUGCAUAUAAAGGGCGAUUUGAAUCUUGGAGCCUGCAUAGCUGGCGUCGAAAACGUAAGAAGUACAAUAUUCAGUUUCUACUGAAGGGUAAGCGAUGCAGAAGACAUCUUCUUAUUUCCCGUCUUCGGUAAACGAAAAGCUCGAGUUUCAGCAGGAAACAGUGCCUUCUGUCUUUGUUAGAAACGUACUUAUCCCCCAAAACGAGUCUUUUAAGAAAGACACUACCAACCAAGCAUAAACGAAAUUUAUCGGGCGUCUCAUCCCUUGUGCAGAAGGUACAAAACAUACUUUCCUCGAAACUAACUUUCCGAAGGCGUGAAUUGAUAACUGUGUUAAAACUGUGUGAUACGGAGUGCAGCGCCUGAAGUGGUUCCGUCGAUCACACGCGCCUCACAGCCCGAUUGACUCGCGCAUUCGCGUAAACUAUCCUUUUUUUUCAUUAUCAGCUCAACAUCAACAGCCAGUCUGAAAGUGUCACGGGACCUGUGUGGAGACAGUGAAAUGAACGCACCUGUGGCAUUUGUGUUCGAAUAAAAAAAACUAUAUAUUGA